AUGAGGUUGUGCCCAAUAUGUGGACCAAAGCUUUCGGCUUUUUGCAUGGUAAUGUCAGUUUGGGGUGUUCUCUUUCUUGGUAUACUUGGUGUAUUUUUCUAUGUUCAGGCGGUAAAUUUAUUCCCAGAUCUUCACUUCGAACAGGAAGAACCGGUAGAAGGAGUAGUUUUACCCCUAACAACUGCCGUAAUUGAAGGUAAGUAUGCGGAAAAGGCAACGCAGUGCUGGGUAGCUGCUGGCAUGUACCUUGUAACGUUGAUUGUUGUAUUCUGGCAGAACAAAUUCAAUUCUACAACAAUAUUUUGA